AUGACGUCCCCUUCACACCGGCGCCCUUCGUCGCUUCUGCUGCAACAAGAUGAGCCGAACAUGCUGGCUUCAAAGGGCCACGGCACCCUCACCCAGCUCAUCAGGAACCGCUCUCAGGCCUCAAUUCACAGUCCAGGGUGGAAAGCCUUCCACGACGAGGAGGAAGCCGUCGCCAGCGGCCCAUUCCCCGAUUGGACCGCUUUCAGGCACCGCAACAGCCUGGACGAAGACGAUGAUGACCACCGCUCCCUGGCCGAGGAGCGUCGCCUGAACGCCCUCCUCACCGGGCCCCAGAUGCGCAGCAUGCGUCUGAUCGGCAGCACAAACCCUCGCUAUAAGUGGGAGAGGUAUUGGAAGACCGAGGAGCAGCUGAAGAACAUGCCCGGAAAGCCUGUGCGAGGCUACUACGAGCGCACAAACUACCUGAUACAGCAGUAUCUGUACAUCGACAAGCUGCUGGACUCGUCCCUGCCCCACGACCUCCUGAACGAGUACAACCACAUGCCCCUUUCCGCCUUCCGCCGCGGCGUCGAGGUCCCAGCCACCAUCUCCGAAGAGCCCUCCACCCCGAGCAGCAACGGGCAGCCCAUAUCCAGCUCCGCCAGCGGCAGUGGCAGCGGCAGCGGCUCAACACCGGGGUAUGGGACUGUGGUGAAGAAGGUGAAGCGGACGCCCAAGGACAUCUACCGCCCGACCAACUUGGAAUCAUCUUCGUCAUCGGACAUCUCGGUGAUGGAGGCGACGCCGCUCAUCAUCAAGAACAAGCAGCUAAACGGUGACGCCGACCUCAUUCCCGAUGACGAUGACGAGGACAAAGCCAAGCCCGAGAUUCCUUGGGCCGAUGACGACGAUGUUGACAGCAGCGCUCGUAUUGUCACGGUGGCUAUUUACGUCAACUUCAUUGCGAAUCUGACCCUUCUUCUGGGGAAGCUCGCGGUCAUCAUCUCAGUUCCCUCCGUCUCCGUGCUCGCAAGUCUGGUGGAUGCGGCACUGGAUUUCCUCUCGACAGUCAUUGUCUGGAUCACCACCACCCUGAUCUCCCGGCAGGACCAGUACCGCUACCCCGUGGGGCGGCGGCGCCUGGAACCGGUCGGCGUGCUUGUCUUCUCGGUCAUCAUGAUCACCUCGUUCGUCCAGGUCGCCCUCGAAGCCAUCCAGACGCUGGCGGGCAAGGACCACACCGUCAUCCAGCUCACCGCGUCUGCAAUCGGCAUCAUGGCCAGCACCGUCAUCAUCAAGGGCCUGUGCUGGUUCUGGUGCCGGCUGAUCAAGAACUCGUCCGUGCAGGCGCUCGCCGACGACGCCAUGACCGACAUCAUCUUCAACCUGGGCUCCAUCGCCUUCCCUAUCGUCGGGUACUACGCCGGCAUCUGGUGGCUCGACGCGCUGGGCGGCCUGCUGCUGUCCAUGGUCGUCAUCUUCAACUGGAGCCACAGCGCCAGCGAGCACAUCAAGAACCUCUGCGGGUUCUCCGCCACGGCAGACCAGCGCAACAUCCUGCUGUACCUGACGAUGCGCUUCGCCAAGACCAUCCGGCAGAUCCAGGGCCUGCAGGCAUACCACUCAGGCGACAAGCUGAACGUGGAGGUGGACAUUGUGCUGGACGCCAGCACGUCGCUAAAGGACAGCCAUGACCUUGCUGAGAGUCUACAAUACGUCUUGGAGUCCGUCCCUAUCGUGGACAGGGCUUUCGUACAUUGCGAUUAUGCUAGUUAUAACCUGCCCACUCACAUGGAGCAGCAGGCGGCUUGA